GGGACUCAGGGGGUAACGGGGCGCGUGGAUCGCAAAUCUCAUCCUCGCCUCUGGUGGUUGCCGGUUUCGGUGACGGCAAGGGGAAAAUCUGGGACGUACGGGUGGAUAAAUGCGUUGGGGUCCUCACGGAGCAUCAGCAAUGGCUGGUGCUCACUGAUUUUGUCAAAGGGGACCGAGAAUUGCUCACAGGCUCCUUAACUGGUGAAGUUCGCGCCUGGGAUCUGCGAAGGCUGAAGACUUCUCUUCGUACGAUGGACGUGGGCAAAGGUCCCAUGACAGCCAUGGCGGCUCACCAGACCUGUCCUCUCCUGGCAUCGGGAUCUUACAACCAGUUCAUCAAGAUGUUGACGCUCGAGGGGGAUACUCUCAGCGUCAUCCGCUAUCACGACGGGAUCCUUGGCCAACGGAUCGGUCCCGUGGCAACUUUGGCGUUCCACCCUUGUAAACUUGUUUUGGCGGCUGGGACUACAGACUCCUUAACUAGUAUUUAUACAGCUCAUUUUCCUCAAGCUAGCUAAAACUCAAAAGGGAGACUACAGGAAUACAAAAAGAUACCAUGCACAUAGACCUUCUGGUAAGUAAAGAGCCAGAUAUAUGAACGGAUUUCGGUUCCCGAAUGCAACUAAACGGUAAACGACAAGGCGUGUUGGGUUUGAUCGUUCGCGGCUC